AUGGCUCCCUCAAGGAUCGACGUCGUAGAGUCAGACACUCUGUCGCCAAGGCACCCACAAAAGACGAAAAGAUUUAACAUGUACCUUCUCGAGGUGUUUCCUGAGGACUCCAUCCACUACUGUCAAACAUUGUUCAACACAAUCCUUCCAUCAGAUCCUGAGGUAGAGAACUGGCGACAGAAUGCCGACGCUAUUCUUGUUCGCGAGAGGAUCAUCUCAGCGGAGGAUAUUCAGGCUGCCCAGAAGCUGCGCGCCAUUGGCAAGCAGGGCACAGGAAUCGACAUCAUUGACAAGCCUGCAUGCGAUGCCCGUGGCAUACCGAUCUGCAACACGCCUGGAGUUAAUGCUCAAUCAGUAGCGGAGCUUGUCCUGGCUCUAACGACAGCCGUCGCGCGGCAGCUGCGAUCGAUCUCUGUCGGCCAGGCUGAUGGCCGAGAAGUCCGCAAGGAACACUGCUCUGGCCUAUUGUUGUCGGGCAAGGCGAUUGGGAUCCUUGGCAUGGGUGCAAUUGGCACCCAAGUAGCCAAGAUAUUUCAGGGAGCGUUUGCAGCCAAGGUGUGGGCUUACGACCCAUUUGCACCUGACAGCGCAUGGGGCGAUAUCGAACAUAGGCGGGUUCAGAACUUCGAGGAGAUGCUGCCGUACGUAGACGUGCUGACGCUGCAUGUCCCCCUGAACGCUGAGACCAAGGGUCUCAUCGGACGCAAGCAGCUUAAGGCGAUGAAGCCAACGGCUAUUCUCAUCAACGUUGCACGUGGAGGGAUUGUAGACGAGGAGGCCUUGAUUGAGACACUCGAAAGUGGUCACUUGUUUGGCGCUGGUCUGGACUGUCACGACGAAGAACCGCCAACCCUACAGCGCUACCACGCCCUGUGGAUGUCCGACAGGGUCAUCAGUACUCCCCAUAUUGGUGCCACGACAAGAGAAACGGUGGUGAGGACUUCAACGGCUGCGUUGGACAAUGUGUACAAGUUUUUGAUGAAGACAGCAUAA